UACGGUGUUAAUUUUAUAAAAUAUUUUAGAACUAAACAAGGCCUUUAAGGGGUUCCAAAUUUGAAAUCCUUCUCUCUUCACAUCGACCGCCCAGUAUACAUGCUCCAACCCCGAGCUCCCGACUCCGUCCACAGCGGCUGCCGGCACUCUUCCCCAACUCUGCCCAAAAAUUUGAAAUCCCCUCUUCAUCGACUUACGACCCCCGAGCACCUCGAUGGUGGAUCCGCCGUCUGUGCUCACGCUCCUGGUGAAGAAGGGACCCUGCGAGGGGAAGACCCUGCAGCGCCGCGCCGGCGCCGCGGCGCUCCGUGUCGGCCGCGUUGCCAAGGGCAACCACCUGCCCGUGGGCGACGCGGGCGCGUCGCAGAGGCAUUUCUCCGUCGAGUUCCUCCCGCCGCCUGCGGCCCGGUGGGCCGUUACCGAUCUAGGCUCCUCUAAUGGCACCCUCCUCAACGGUACGCCUCUCGUAGCCACUAUCCCCGCUCCGCUCUCCGACGGGGACCUCAUCAAGAUCGGGGAGACCACCGUGCUCGCCGUCUCCAUAUCGACAGAUGCGGGCCCGGGACCGGGACCGGGCCCCGCCGCGACUAGGCGUUCCGCGCGCAACGCAUCGGCGGCGGCGGAGGAACAGGGUCCCGCGGUUUCUCGCAGGGCCGGACGGAGGAAGGCCGGUGUGGCGGAAGCCCCCAAAGCUGUGAAUGAAGUGGAGGAGGAAGCUGCACUCCCGACUCGCCGAGGCGGGCGGAAGAAGGCCGGUGCGGCGGAAGCCCCCGAAGCUGGGCAUGAAGUGGAGGAGGAAGCUGCACUCCCGACUCGCCGAGGCGGGCGGAAGAAGGCCGGGGCGAUGGAAGCCCCCGAAGCUGGGAAUAAAGUGGAGGAGGAAGCUGCACUCCCGUCUCGCCGAGGCGGGCUAAAGAAGGCCGUUGAGCCCGCUGGAGUGGAGACGGAAGCGGAAGAUGAAGAGGGGGAAGCGGCAAUACCGAGCCGUGUCAGGUCAAGGAAGGCUGCAGUGACGUUCGUCCUUCCGCCACAGCCACAAAAUACGAGGUCAGCGAGAGCUGCUGCAAGGAGAGGUGAGGUGUUGGGGUGCGAAAACGAUGAGGAGGAAGUGGUGAGGACCGGAAGGGGGCGAGGACGGGUUACAAGGGCAAGUGCUAGGAAUCGUACGGAUGUUACUCCCGAGGAGGAGGAAGAGGAGGGUGAGGUGGCUGUGACCAGAGAUCAGGAAGGGACAACUGCCGAGGGCAAGGGUGAGAUGGUGCCAGCUGGGAGAGGACGAGCAAAGAGGGGCAGAGGAGGCCGAGGCCGAGGAAGGGCUACGAGGGCAAGAACAAAGAAGGCUGAGGAUGCAAUUGUUGAGAACGAUGAAAAUGAGCAAGAAGAAAAGGAUAUGGCUGAUGGCAGAGAACGAGUGGGGAGUCCAUUGAGGGUCUUGGCUGUGAAUGACUGUUCUGAAGAGGAUAAGGUGGCAGCUGAGGAUGACAAGUUGGAUGGAAACUCAAAGGCAUCCGUGGAGGAUAAGAUGGUGGAUGUGGAGGAGGAGGCGACAUUGACAGAGAGGGCAAUAGAGGGGAGGGCUCAGCAUGCUCCUGCUGACAAUGGUGGUGUGGAAGAAGAGGAGGUGAAGAAUUUGAGCAAGGGAGGGGAAACUGAAUUAGAUCAGGAAUUGAGGGAAAAGGUGUCACCAGGGUCAAAGCUGGAUGGUGUUGGAGAAGUGGAAAAGAAUGACAAUAGGGAAGCUAUUGGUGCCAGUGGAGAGAAAGGCCAUGAGGGGGAGCGCAAAGGAAGACGCAGAUUGGAGGAUAUGACAUUGGGGGAGUGGUUUGUUCAGAUGGAGAAAUACCUUCUAGCAAAGAAUGCAGAGGCUGCUGAAAAGGCUAUAGCUGAAGUGCAAGAGAAACAUCGGCGGUUUUGUGAACAUGUUAAAUCGCUCAAUCUCAAAAAGAGUCCUGCUCCUUGAGAUUCCAUGGAUAAUCUGGAAAUAUUUUGGACAGCCUAGUGUUGGAUGAUUUGAUGACACCAUCAUAUCACAAUGAAGACAACAAUGCUGAAGCGUCGCAAACUGUAGGUUUGUGGUGUAGCCACCAGUAGCAGGGUGGUGAUCUUCUAAGUUGUUUAUCCCAGACUUAGUAGUUUGCUACUAUUCAUGAACGUGACGAGAAUGUCGUGCUAGUAUGUAUAAAGCAGUAGAGUUAGCUCCACUGAAUUCUCUGUUGCAUUCAGUAGGGUUCUUAUGUCCUGAACCUCUGUGAUAGUUCACUGAAUUCUCUGUUGCAUUCAAUAACUUUCAAACUUCAAUAACUUUCAAACUAUAUAGUUUAACAA